GAUGAGUGAAGUGGAACGGUUCUUUAUCUUUAACUGAUUCAAUUUUUCGGUCUCUCACAUCCUCAUCCGUUUUCAACUUGUCAAUGUCAAUGAGCUGCUGAUGCGGCAAAAUGAAAACACGAAAUAUUUGAAAAAGCCAACAAAAUAAAUCAAAAUUGAAAAUGGAUAUCAACGUAUUUUCCAGCGAGGAUUUUGAUACAAAAGCAUGGGUUAACGAGAUUUUAAAGAACCCUGAACACCAGAAUGAUAGCAACUACACAAUGUCUCUUGUGACCAAGCUACAGCUGUAUGUGCAGCAGUUAAACGCCACAUUGGAACAGACUAGCCAACAGGUACUGGGCUCUUUACCCAAGAUUAUGAGGGACACGUCCUCUUUGCAGCAGGAGGCUGUAACACUGAAACAUAAGAUGGCAACAGUAAAAGGCGAGAUAGAGCAAAUUGAAUAUGAUACUGGCAAGUCCAUUGAUACUAUUGAAAAGUUGGACAGUCUCGUGAGCAGACUAAAUGCAGCUAAACAGGGACUACAUGAGAGUGACAACUGGACUAUAUCAGUGAAUGAUCUAGAAGAGGUAUUUGAUACAAAGAAUAUAGAGACAAUAUCUAGCAAGAUUUUGAGCAUGCAGAAUUCUCUCAAGUUGUUGGUCAACAUUUCUGACUAUGAAGACAGGAAGCUGCAGUUGGAGGGGUUGAAGAAUAGACUUGAGGCAAUUGCCAGUCCUUCAAUAGUACAGGCUUUCAACACUAAUAACUUAGAUUAUGUUUCAGAACAAUCACAGAUGUACAUGAAGAUAUUUGCCUCUAUUGGCCGAAUGCCUCAACUGAUAAAGUACUAUCAUAAGUGUCAAAAAGAUGUAUUGUUGAAAAAAUGGAGAGAUCAAUUGGAACUUGAACAGGACUAUUCCACCAUUGAAUGGAUUCAUAAUUACUAUAGCACUUUGUUAUCGAGCUGGCACCAACAGAGCCGCUGGUGUAGCCAGGUAUUUCCAAGCAACGUUUCAUCUGCCAAGACCUUGCUUGACGUGUACGUUGACGUCCUCAAUUCUCUGGAUCCCAGUCUAAAAGAAUGCUGUGAUGCCGCUUUGAAACAAGUGCCUGACAAGUUAAACUUCCUCAUCGAAGUCAAAGAGAGCGCCAAACAUUUUGCAGAUAGUUUGCUGAAGGUCAUUGAUCAGAGUCAAGAUAAAAUGCCAAAAGAGAGCAUUCAGCAAUUGGAGCAAGCGAUUUAUGCUCAUUUGGUGCCUUAUGUGAGCAAAUAUAGUAGCUAUGAACAGUCUGCUCUAUUGAAAAAACUGUCACAGAUAAAUUUGAAGAAAGAACCUCCUGCCAGUGAAUGGGUGCAGUCUCUCAGUCUCAGUAUUCCACAGGUGAUGGACAUGGCACGAGAAGCAAAGAAAGAUUGUUCACUACUGACAGAAGGUUGUGGAUAUGCAGGCUUGUUGGUCGCAUUGAGAGGAUUCUUUUGGGAAUAUGCUUCUUUAUUUCAAGCUGCAUUGAGGCACAUUGAGGCAGAACACGACAGUAGGAAGCAACAAGAAGACUGGACCACAUUCCAGAUAUGUUUCAACUUAUUGCAAAAUGCAGGAGAGGUUCUAUUGAAGAUACAAGAUCUGGAGAAAGACCUCACCGAAAGCAUUCUAGAGUUGAACCAGCGAAAAAGUAGUGGUGACGUCGUCGAUUUCAAGCACCUGCUUUUGAAAGAUGCCGAUUUGAAAGAAUACGAAUCCCUGGUGAAGUGCGUCACUGAAGGUACCCAGCUUUCGUUAUUGGACCAUGUAACAAGCGAGUUCAGCAAGUUAUGCUCGGCCAUUCAUCAAACCACCUAUCAGGUUGUUUUUGCCCCAAUCGCCUCAAUUUUGGACGUGGUACAAUCUCCAGAUACCUGGGCACAACUUACAGCUUCACAUAACGCUGAUUUGCCAGACUAUAGUUUCACGCCACAAGAAUACAUUACACAGAUCGGCCAGUAUUUGAUGACUCUCCCCCAACACCUGGAACCGUUCCUGUUCAAAGAGAAUCCGUCGCUAGCAUGCGCUUUGAAGGCUACAGACCAAGAGUACGACGUGAUAUCCGAAAAUAAUGAAAGCUCGCUGGCACAUACUUUCCUGGCGAUCGUUGCUAGGGGUACUUGUCAAGGUUUCACUGACAGAAUUUUGUCCAUCUGUCAGCUAAGUCAAGCGGCCAGCAAGCAGUUGGCACACGAUAUCAACUAUUUUAACAACAUCCUGGAAGAGCUGGGAGUUCCGUUGACAGAAAGCCUGCAACAGUUGUCUGUACUAUUAAAAAUACCAUCAGAACAGUAUCAAGCUCAGAGCCAAGGUUGCUCUGCAAGGCUCGUGGCUGCCGUCAGGCAAAUGAGGAAUAUUAAAUCAGGCUCCACGUAACCACGAUCUUAAUAAGGUGCUUUGCAUAAUAAGAUUAGAACGUAAAAACACGGUAUUAUUUUAUAUUUAUAUAUGUUGGAGAAAUUAAUAAUCCAAUUGCAGAUUUAUUUAUUUUAUAAACAGACCGUGAAUCAUGAUGAUAGUUUGUGCAUUUGAAAAUAUAUUUCUGCAUUAAAUUUGUGCUUAGUUUCCAUCCCCAAAGCUCGAGUAUGAAACAGGGGCGUAGCUAUCCUAGGGCAAACCGGGGCAGUGCCCCGGGGCCCCGGCUUAUAGGCUAUGCGCCUCAAGAAUAUUGUUUUUAAGCGCCGAUCAGCAAUUAAUUCAUUAAGUACUAAUAUAACCUAGGUAUACUAAAAAGAAAAAUGAAUUAUAAAUAUAAUGAUAAAUAAUGUUUAUUUUUUAAAACGCUACAUAUUUGAGGAAAACGCUUGCGUUCCUAAAUGUAUGUAGCUAUAAUCCGUCGGACCGCGACGGGCUUGGCACCACCGCCUUAAUAUUACGUCUCGUCUUUGGGGAUUCCCCGAUCUAUUGUUUUGAUGAUUUUAACUACCCAGCCUGCCCUAUAAGAUAUUGAUAUG